AUGGUCGAAUUGCGGUUGGAUCUACCCGAUGUUUCAAAGUUGCGAGGACAGACCCACGUGAUCGCAACGCCUGCCACGUCAUUCUGCAACGCCGUUUCUGCAGUUGUUCUUGUGCUUGUGUUUGUUCUUCUUCUUAUUCCUCAUUUCCCCAAGACAAUCUGCCAUUCUUUCGAUUCAUCAGAUCUAUCGGGGCUCCUGGUUGAGCCGACCAACAAAAUGUCCGAUCCAACCCUUUAUCUUUACACCUCCCUGACCGCGGGGUCGUCCCAUAUCUUCACCGCCACGGCUCGUCUAGAGAGCAUCCUCAAGGGCAAUAGAAUCCCUUUCCGUGCAAUCGAUGUUGCAACCGAUGACAAGGCGAGACAGCUUUGGGGACGACGAUCAAAGGGCAGGAAGUUGCCGGGUCUGGUGAAGUUUGGGGCUAUCGUUGGGGAUCUAGACCAGAUCGAAGAAUGGAACGAAUAUGGUGAACUCAGAAUGCAAAUUGAUAGUAUCCAGGAUUUUGAGGGAUUCAUCUCUAAUACCUCCACCUCCACUCCUUCUACCUCCACUCCUAGCAAUGUGACAUCAACUGCCACCGCUAUAGCUGCGGAAAACGCCCCUCCUAAACCAAGCACGAUCAAAAUCCAGUCUCCACCGCCAAAGUCCGAAAGGAAGGAUGACCAGAUAUCUCUGGCAUUACGUCAAGCUGGAGCAGAUGCUGCAUCCAAAGCCAAGGAGAGUACACGCGCGAAGGCGGGUUUGGGUUCAACUGCAGUUACUAAAAAGGACACGGAAAGCCAGAGCCAGUCUACUACGGUACAACCUUCUGCGGACAGCGAAAAGAAAGAGGACCAGAGCGGUGGAUCAAGUACCAAACGACGGGGAUCCGUCAAUCCGGCUCCUGAACUCGAGCGACCAUCCCUCGCGUCUGAGGCCGCAGCUCAAUCGUCUGCGAAUUUCCGUGCGGAGAAUGCAGAGACUUUGGGUCUUGUGGGACAUCACCGUGGGUCGAUUGUGUCAGCGACGUCCGCUGAUGAACAAGCCAAGGUUGCUAGUGAUAUCAGGAAAUCGAUCUCCGAGGAUCCCUCGGCUACGGUCGAGUCGAUGAAAGCGGAACAUGGGAUAAAGAAGAUGCAGUGCGAAGCCAAAAAAGAACUAAAAUCCACAACUGAGCCGGCCGAUAGUAAACAAGCAGAAUCGUCUUCCGAAGCAGUUUCCCAGAAGCAGGAUCCAAAGGAUAAUGGCAAAGCGAGUACUACUAUGGAGGAUUGA